AUGGCUCUACGACUCGCAUCACGGCGCUUCGCGCCCCAGGUCUUCCGCCGUGGCAUGGCCACCACCAUUGAGCACACCAAGGAGCCCAUCGCAGCCACCGCGGAGGCCACCUCGGCAUCUCGCCCACCAAUUCCAGCCAACAAGACUGGCACCGAGCACGAACCCAAGAAAGACGAGAACUCGCGAAUCAAGACGUUCAAUAUCUACCGAUGGAACCCCGACGAGCCUGCGAGCAAGCCCAAGAUGCAAUCGUACACUCUAGACUUGAACAAGACGGGCCCAAUGAUGCUGGACGCAUUGAUCAGGAUCAAGAACGAGGUUGACCCGACUUUGACAUUCCGAAGGAGUUGCAGAGAGGGUAUCUGUGGCAGCUGCGCUAUGAACAUCGACGGUGUGAACACAUUGGCAUGCUUGUGCCGAAUUCCGACAGACACCGCAAAGGAGUCGAGAAUCUACCCAUUGCCACACACCUACGUCGUCAAGGACCUUGUACCCGAUUUGACCCAGUUUUACAAGCAGUACAAGUCUAUUAAGCCUUAUCUGCAGCGAGACACUCCAUCACCAGACGGCAAGGAAAACCUUCAAUCCAAGGAGGAUCGCCGAAAGCUCGACGGUCUCUACGAGUGCAUCCUCUGCGCCUGCUGCAGCACCUCCUGCCCAUCAUACUGGUGGAACAGCGAAGAAUACCUCGGCCCAGCCGUCCUCAUGCAGUCCUACCGCUGGAUCGCCGACUCGCGCGACGAGAAGACCGCCCAGCGUAAGGAUCAGCUGAACAACAGCAUGAGCUUGUACCGAUGCCACACCAUCUUGAACUGCAGUCGGACAUGUCCUAAGGGUCUCAACCCAGCGUUGGCUAUCGCUGAGAUCAAGAAGAGCAUGGCGUUUUCGUAA